CUACCAGCUGUGUCUUCAGGGGACUGCGUUUGAGGUCACCAGUGCACUGCACCUGCAGUGUCCAUCACGUCUAACAGGUGUACUCACAGCCCAUAAAACAGUAGACAAAAGUUCGAGCGAGUAAAAUGAUGGCACCUUGGACAUCGUCUGAGAAAAAAUGACCUAGCACUUCAUAAAUAGUCAGCAGACCAUCUGGUGACUAACAGGACACAGAAGCUAGAACACCUUAUAUAAGACAUCCAGUAAACUCUGAGAGACAAUUAGGUGGGCAAGAAGAGUCUAAUCAGCUAAGGUUCGCUAAAGAUGAAGAAAUCGUUGUCAGGAAGUUUGGCUUUCAGCUUCCUCUUUGUGCUAUUUGCUCCAUUGAGUGGGACAGUGAUCAGUGUGGCGGAUGCUAAAAAAGCAAGAUCAGCUGCUUUCAGGGGGCCAGCUAGUUAUGAUGAUGAUCAACUGCCGCCAUUGUAUGAUUCAUCGUAUGAGACUACUAGUAGCCACUAUGUCCCAACCUACCCUCCAACAGAUACGACUGCUAGAACAACUUACAUCAAUCCAGGAGGAUACACAGAGGGAUACACAGACGAAUACCCAGAGGGAUACACAGAAGAAUACCCAGAGGAAUACACAGACGAAUACCCAGAGGGACAUGAAACACCUGUUGUUACAGAUCAACACAAAGUAAUCCGCGAGCCCCAAGGACUCAUUUUCAGUCCCUUAUUUCCCGGUCAAUAUGGAAACAAUCAACAUUUGUCUUGGCGACUGGUCACUGACCCUGGACAGAAAAUACUCUUGACUUUGUUCACUGUGUCACUGGAGUGUGACUAUGACAAUUUGAUUAUUUACGACGGACCAGACGCGACCUAUCCCGAAAUAGCCCAGUACUGCUCAUUGCCCAAAGUGUCCCAAAUUAAGUCCACAUCGAAUGAAGUCUACAUCACCUUCUGGUCUGACUAUAGCGUGAAAAACACUGGGUUCAUCCUGUCUCAUGAUAUAAUAGCUGCCUAGAAAACAGAUCUGGAAGUUACUUCUGCUGCUUGACCUGGAUGAGACGAAAAAAAAUGUCGUUUCUUGUCAAAUAAAAUGUCCUUAAAAUAACGUCUAC